GAGCCAAAAGCCCUCUUACGGCAAACUGAAGCUUUGAUCUCAGUGUCUCCACAUGUGACUGACUCCAGUAUGGCAUCAUGGAUGAAGAUGUACUGGUCCUGGAAGAAACAACAUCAAGUGUGGCCAGUUAUCAGAAUGAAAGUAUACAGUGAACUUGCGGGCAUAACUGCAUGUCAAGGUGAAACAAUAACCCACAAAAAGAAUGCAUAAACACACUGGGAGAGAUGUAAAAAUGACAAACAUUGCUGCAUGCCAAAAGCUUCACAGU